AGUGAUGUAAACUUCAGAGGGAUAACUUUUUCUUCACCGUUAAACGCAGUCACAAGCUUCUUGCAACCAUUUUUACGCAUUCUGAAGAAAAAUUAGGAGCAUGUUAGGAAUUCUCUGUAAGCAGGAUUAUAGCCAUCCUUGGUAGGAUCUUGGAAGCUGCCUUGAUUUAAGGCCAGUAAUAAAAAAAAAAAACCAAAAAACAGUGUGAAUCAACAUCCAACUAGAUAAAAACACUCAGGUUGGCUUUGUCCGGAAAAGUAAUUUCAACUGCCCGUUCGUUGAGGCAGACUUGUAAUUUAGGGGAGAAUGAGGCGGUUCCGCGCGCAGGGUAAGCCUUGGCCUGCGGCUGGGCCACGCCGGUGGAACGUCGCCUUCCGGUCUUUGUGUCUUCGCGCACGCGCUAUGGCGCCAACUCCGCCUCCUGGAGGCGCCGGGCCCCUUGCAAGGCGGGGCCCGGGGCGGUCUUGUGGGUGUGACGUCACUGCGCUCGAUACUCAGUGUUGCCGGGCGGCGAUGGCGGCUCCCCUGGAGUCCUCCGGGGAGGAGCAACUGCGGAACUUUGUGCGAGUUUUGGAGAAGCGAGAUGGCACGGUGUUACGACUACAGCAGUACGGCUCCGGCGGCGUGGGUUGCGUUGUUUGGGACGCUGCCAUCGUCCUUUCUAAAUACCUGGAAACGCCCGGGUUUUCCGGCGAUGGGGCCCACGCGCUGAGCCGGCGGUCGGUGCUGGAGCUGGGCUCUGGCACCGGGGCCGUGGGGCUCAUGGCUGCUACCCUCGGGGCAGAUGUCAUAGUCACCGACCUAGAGGAAUUGCAAGACUUGCUGAAGAUGAAUAUUAAUAUGAACAAGCAUCUUGUCACUGGUUCUGUUCAAGCCAAGGUACUGAAAUGGGGGGAAGAAAUAGAAGACUUUCCUUCUCCUCCAGACUACAUCCUGAUGGCCGACUGCAUAUACUAUGAAGAGUCUUUGGAGCCACUGUUGAAAACCCUAAAAGAUCUCAGUGGAUCUGAGACUUGUAUUAUAUGUUGUUAUGAACAACGAACAAUGGGAAAAAAUCCAGAAAUCGAGAAAAAAUAUUUUGAGCUUCUUCAACUAGACUUUGACUUUGAAAAAAUUCCUUUGGAAAAACAUGAUGAAGAAUAUCGAAGUGAAGAUAUUCACAUUUUAUACAUCAGAAAGAAAAAAUCGAAAUUUCCGUCGUGAAAUCUAGUCAUCUUACCCAAGCCUCUAACAACGUGGGUAAGCUAACAUUGUGAAUGGAGCAUGUGAAUACAGCAUGGGAAGAUUGUGUUCACAGAUUUUUCCAGCAUGUCCUUAGGGAUCCGAUAUAUAGACAACCACCACGGGCUGCCUGCAUUACGAAAAAUGAUUGACUGACUGCCUACCUGCCAAUGGGCCUGAAAUCCAACUUAGUUUACUUUUAGCUCGGCAUCAAGUUCUGCUUAAAAGAAACAUGUUUCAGUCACUCCUCAAAUAAAAAUAGGUACUGAGGUUAGCCUAAAGUCUGCCAAAAAUAGUGAAAGUAGCAUGGCUGACUUGGCGUAUUUUCAGGAAAGUAGAGAUAAGUUGAUCCGGUUUCUAAAGAGAGGUAUCAAUUACUAUUUAAUAAUGUUUAAAUUCAAAUCAGUAAAUUUUAGCUUGUCUUCAAGAUAAAUUUAAAAGAAGGUUUUUAUUUUAACGUAUUUAUGCAGUGGUUUUUAUCGUUAAGUAUCUUCCACUUCAUUGCUUUUAAGAUAACUUUAAUACUUGUGUUCUUUUACUUUAAAAAAAAAAAUGAAAAUACUG